AUUGAAAAUGGAGUAGUGUAGAAGACUGGGCGGUAGUAAUACCUGUAGGUGUGUCAGUUGCGCGGUUUUCCGCGGUUUUUACCGUGAUAACGUGACCGGAUACCGCCACAUUUACUUUAUAUAAAUAAGUUGUUUUUUUUUUUUCAUAUAUUAUUAUUAUUAUAUUAUAAAUUAAUUUUAUUAUUUUAUAAAUCUCCAUAUAUUUAUAAAUAUUUUUUAAAACCCGCUAUUCAUAACGAACGAGAGCACACGUCUCUGCUAUAAUUGAGAUAAAAAAAAAUCAGUGUGUGAUUGCGGUAGGUGUGGUGUCUUAUGUAAAGAAGAGAUUUAUUUACUUGUAAUUUCUAAUAAAAUAUAUAUGUAUAUACAUAUAUGUAUAUAUGUUGUGUGAAAAGUAAUAAAAAUUAAUUUGGUUGUAAAGUGGGCAGUAAAAGAUGGGCGAUUGGAUCAUCAGUUGGCAAAUGCAUCAAGAUUUUACAUCAGAUUUAAUCACAAUCACUGAUAAAUCAUCAUCGUCAUCAUCAUUAUUAUCAUCGGAAUCAUCAGAAGUCGGUGUAAAAAUAAUAACGUCGAGUGAUAAUUGUAAUUGUAUUGAACAUCACCGGCAGCAGACACUCAAGAUCCCUUUUAUUUCUUCAAUUUAUUCAACAGAGACACAAGAAUUUAACCAAUGACGUAUUGGUCUUAUAGAGAUAGACAAUUAAUGAAUUACAUGUUUAUUUAAAAAGCAAAACGUACUGUGACGUAUUUAUUAUUUAAAUAUUUAGUCGUGUGUCUGUGCGUAUGUCCUGAGUUGUCAAAAUGUGGAAUAUGAUGUGCGAUGUGAUGCCAACGAUCGCUGAGGACAGCAUCAGCCAGAGAAGCUCACAAUUCUCUGGUGAAGAUGCAAACUUCGAGCAGCUCAUGGUCUCCAUGCUCGACGAACGGGACAAACUCAUGGACUCACUUCGCGAGAGCCAGGAGAGACUUCAAGAGGCCGAAGUCAGACUUCAAGAAGUCGAGAAAGAACGCGAUGCUCUCAAUAGACAAAUAAAUGCCAACGUUCCUCAGGAAUUUUCUCAACUGACGAAAGAAUUAUCAGCAGCACGUGAAAGUAUACUUGAACGUGAAGAAGAAAUAUCGGAAUUAAAAGCAGAACGUAAUAAUACUCGGCUACUACUUGAACAUCUGGAAUGUCUAGUAUCAAGACACGAAAGAUCUCUCAGGAUGACGGUGGUGAAGAGACAAGCGGCUGCACAAUCCGGAGUGUCGUCCGAGGUCGAGGUACUCAAGGCACUCAAGAGUCUCUUCGAGCAUCACAAGGCUUUGGAUGAAAAGGUCCGAGAACGAUUAAGAGUCGCGCUAGAAAGAAAUACAAGUCUGGAGGAAGAACUUGCACGGACCAAAGAUGAGUUGCAGCAAUACAAAGCCGCCGGGUAUCAACCCGGCUCUUCAUCCUCGUCAUUAAAAACUCUGGAAGAUAAACCCAAAGAAAAUGGGCAAUUGGACGAACAACAGCAGCAACAAUUGCAAAAUAAGAAUGAGGAUCAGGAGACGAUAACUCUGGAGGAAGGUGAACAUGAACCGAGUAAACGAGUAGGUGAUCAAAGUGAUCAUGGUAUUGCGGAGGAGAAGGAUGUGGAGACUGUCGAGGAUGAGAGUAGACUCAGCAACGGCGAUGCUAUUGAUGAGGAUCCAGUUGCUGUUGAUUUGCAGGCUACCCUUGAUAAGCAGAAUUCAGAGAUCGCCACGUGGCAACGACGAGUUGGUGAGCUCAGCGGACGUGUUGCUGAAUUAGAAGAGACUUUGAAUAAGACACAAAAAGAGUUCAUGAAGACACAAGAAGCGAACAAUAAAUUGCAACGCGACUUGAGAGAAAAUGUCGCUCAGAAAGAAGAUCAGGAAGAGAGAAUAGCGACUCUGGAGAAAAGAUAUUUGAAUGCUCAGCGGGAAUCCACUAGCGUGCACGACUUGAAUGAAAAACUUGAACAAGAAUUGAAGCACAAGGAAGAUCAGCUCAAGUUGCAAGAAAAGAAAAUCGCAGCAAUCCAAGAAAAAUUAGAACUCGCAGAACAAAAGUUAGCGCAGUAUGCGAAAUUACCUGAGAUGGAGGAACAAUUGAAGCAGAGGAUGGAGGCACUGACGCAGGUGAGGAGGCCCAACCAGAUUUGUGAUGUAUUAAAUAAGCAGGCGCAAGAAAAACAUGGCAGCGCUGAGGAUAGAAUACAAAGACUGGAAACUCAAUUAGAAGAAAAGAAUGGGGAGGUGAUGCGUCUUAAUCAGCGUUUGAAGAUGAAUGAAGAGCACAAUACCCGGCUAAGUAGUACCGUUGAUAAAUUAUUGUCAGAAUCGAAUGAGAGACUGCAAGUGCAUUUGAAAGAAAGAAUGCACGCGCUGGAGGAGAAAAAUGCGCUGACCCAAAACUUGGAGAAAAUGCGUAAAAUAGCUGAAGAUUUGCAAAAUGAAAAAGAUGAAUUGAUUAAAGAAUUGACUAAAGCAAGAUUAGAAAUAGACAGCGUUAAACGUCAAAUGUUGCAGCAAGAAAUAGCAUUUAAUAUUCAACAGACUGAUGCACUGACACGUAGUUUAUCACCAAAUGCCGUUACGUUGGUUGAACCAGCGUCAUCUUCCAGAAGUGCCAGCCACAGUAGUUUUGAUACUCAUUCAUUACCAAGACGUGCUACUGGUAAACGGAUUAUUGAUGAUGAUUCCGCAAAGAGUUACGUAGCUCGCACAUUAGCAGAACAAGAGUGGGAAAAAUUACAGCAAGCCCACGUGCUGGCAAACGUACAGCAAGCAUUCGACGUAUCAAGUGACGCAGAAGUAGACGGUGACAACGAGAGUUUGUUCAGUUCAGCUGCAGACAUGAUCAGCCCAUCUGAUCAAACAGACGCCCAGACACUCGCGAUGAUUCUCCAAGAGCAACUCGACGCAAUAAACAUCGAGAUACGAUUGAUACAAGAAGAGAAACAGAGUACCGAAGCACGUGCCGAAGAAUUAGAAUCACGAGUAGGUAGUCUGGAGCACAUGAACCUAUUGUCACGUGGUCGUAGUCACGAGCGUGCUUCUCCACCACUGAGCGGUCGGUCAACACCCAAAUCUCAUCACAGUCCCAAUCGCGAUUAUCUCCAUAAAUAUCAUACUGCACCAGCCUCAAUGUCACCUGCGCAUCUUCAUCAAUAUGCAUCUUCAUUGGCUAGCCCAUCGGGACAACUGUCUGAGUCUUUGCCUGCCAGCCAGUUACAGCUGUCAGGUGAAGAAUUGCACUCCGUUAACGACCGUGACGGUAGCAUGGGCGGUGGGAUGAACAGCGGGCUAAGUAUGAAUAAUGACGCAGCAUCACCAUCAACAGCCAGAUCCAUAAGACUCGAACGUGUCGUCCAGGCACUAGCGCACAGCCAAGAAGAAUUACGGAGACGCACAGGUCAUACCGGAUUUCCCAAUGCCGGUUAUCCGACCCACAGGCAUGGGCAUCAUAACAACGGCACGCUGAAUUGUGGGACACCACCUUCACCGUUGUCUUCACGUCAUAGCAGCCAGGACAGUCUACACAAAAACAAUUACAUCGGAAUGUCCAGCAGCGGAAUGGGUCAUCCAGGUGUUGGUUUACCACUCGGUCAGCUGUCAAGUUCUCACUUGCAAAUGCAGGCCAGUGGCAUGAGUCCGGCUACUGCUGCUGCUGUUGCUGCUGCCCAGAAAAAGAAGGGAAUCAAAAGUAGUCUUGGAAGAUUCUUCAGUAAAAAAGACAAGAUUAAAUCGAAGGACAAUUCCAUGGGAGCUGAUAUGGCCGGAUUUGGUCCUGGUGGCGCGAGUACACCAGCAGAUCCAGACUAUGGUGACAGUGUCACUGUAGUCGGUACUCAAUUGAGUGGUAGUAAGACUGAAUUUGAUCGUAGGAAAAAGAAAAGCAUGUUGGAUUCGUCGCGACAUGAACUGCUGGCAGAGGCAAUGAAAGCCGGAACACCAUUCGGACUAUGGAAUGGCCCGACAAUUGUCGCGUGGCUGGAACUGUGGGUCGGCAUGCCCGCUUGGUACGUCGCUGCUUGUCGUGCGAAUGUAAAAAGUGGUGCUAUAAUGAGCGCUCUGAGUGACACGGAGAUACAGCGCGAAAUAGGAAUAAGCAAUCCGUUGCAUCGACUGAAAUUACGACUGGCCAUACAAGAAAUGGUGUCGCUGACCAGUCCAUCGGCUCCUAAAACCUCACGCACGACAUUGGCCUUCGGCGACAUGAAUCAUGAAUGGAUCGGCAACGUCUGGUUACCGAGUCUUGGGUUACCACAGUACAGAUCAACGUUCAUGGAGUGCCUUGUCGAUGCACGGAUGCUUGAUCAUCUUAACAAAAAGGACUUACGUGGACAGCUGAGAAUGGUUGACAGUUUCCACAGAACAAGUCUUCAAUAUGGAAUUUCAUGUUUGAAACGAUUGAAUUAUGAUAGACAACAACUUGAAGACAGAAGACGAAUGGCUGAGAGUGCGAAUGUUGAUGUUAUAGUAUGGAGUAAUGAUCGUGUUAUUAGAUGGGUUCAAUCAAUUGGUCUUAAGGAAUACGGGAACAAUUUAUUAGAAUCUGGAGUUCAUGGUGCCCUUAUUGCCCUGGACGACAGUUUCGACGCUAAUUCAUUUGCACUUACUCUACAAAUACCGACCCAAAAUACCCAAGCAAGACAACUAUUGGAAAUGGAAUUUUCAAAUUUACUUACCGUUGGCACGGAGAGGCAUCCAGACGAAUCGAACAGUUUGAAAUCUUGAUCAAAUUUACCAGCCAGGCCAUCAUUACCACGCCAUCAUCAACCCCAUCACGUCUAGUCUACCGCAGCUACUGUACCGCGCUGUACAUUUAAAACUUACGGAGUAACAAUAUAAAAAAUAUUUAAAUUUUAAAAGCGUUCGCGCUUUUUGAGUAUCGAUGCAGUGAAAGGGUAACGGAAUUUUGUUUUUACUCGCAAUCACAGCAGGUUCAUAUCAAUUUACUCCAGUCUAUCAGACAAAUCUGAUCGUAAAUUAUUGAUAUCUAUAUAAAUAUAUAUAAAUAUAUACAUAUAUUUAUAACGGGAGGUAAAAUGGACAGAAAAUUUCUGACUGAUUUUUUUAGUCUACCCGUUUUACCCCCGCCUUUAUAUAUAUAUUUAUAAAUAUUAUUGAUAUUUAAAGAAACGGAAGCACUCAGUGCUUUAUUUAAUUAAUAUAUUAAUGUAAUUUAAUUAUUAUUAUUAAAAAAAAUAUGAAACCGCUAAUUAAUGGUGAAGAAAUAUAUCAAGUCGCAUUCCUAGUAUUGUAAAUGAUUUAAUAAAAUGUGGAAAUGGAGAGAGAAAAGAUAAAAAAUAAUAAUAAUAAUUAAAUAAGUAAGAGUGCGUGUAAAAAUAAAAUAAAAAAAAUAAAAAUGAAGAAAUCAAGACGGCAACUCCAAGUGACAAUAAUUCCAUCGGGCUGAAUUAUUUAUUUGUUGCUUUUUUUUAAUCAUUAAAUAAUAAAUUAGUAUCAUAAAUUUUUUCAUCAUAUAUAAUAAUAAUAAUAAUGAUAAUUAUUAUUUAUAAAAUUACCGUUGUAUUAUAAAUCGUGUAACUUGAAGAAUGCAAAUGCGCACGCAUCAUAAAUCGCACAAAAAAAAAAAACUAAUCACUUAAAUUAUUACUCUAAUUUAUAAAUUGUGGCUCCAAUGUGCCAUUGAAGGGAAUGAAAAUUUUCGAAUUUGAAUUUUGAAUUUAAAAUAUAAAUUUUUUUAACAGUAAAAUAUAAGUGCGAGUUUAUAAAAUAAAAAAAAAAGUAGUCUUGAUACUUUACACAAUCUCUGAUUAAAUAUUUAUGUAUCUACGAUAAUAAAUAAUAAUAAUAAUAAUAAUAAUAAUAAUAAUAAUAAUAAUAAUAAUAAUAAUAAUAACAAUAAUAAUAAUAAUUUAUUAAAUAUAUAGACAAAUAUGUAUAUGAAAAAUGAUGAAAUGAAAUUUAGAUACAACAAAACCAUCGAGUAUUCGUAUUAAAAAAAAAAAAAAUGUUAACACAGGACAACUGUACUUUAUACACAUUAAUAUAUUAUUAUUAAUUAAUUAAUUAAUUAAUUAACGUGAGAAAUUAUUGAGAGUUAUAUUUAAAAAACGAGGGUGGGUAUGCACAAGCACAAUUAUUUACUCUCGUUAUUUAUUUAUUAGUUACCGAUUAAAUUUAAAUGGAAAAAUGAGAUAAAAUUUGUGAGUGUGCGUGGUACGAUGAUGAAUAAUUGGGCGGUUCAAAUUCAUAAUCAUUAAAAAAAUUAUAUAAAUAUUUGCAUGAAUAUUUAUAGUAGGAUCCGAAUAGUUCGUCAUAACUAAAUACAUUACAAUUUAAUAUUUAUUAACUUUGACAACGUCGAUGAUUUGGAUUUAUUAUUUCAAAAAAUUAAUAAGUAUUUUAAUUUUUUUUUAAAUACGGGGAUAAGUAAUCAGAUAUCAUCAUAUAUGAGCAGGUAUGAAUUCUUGUAUGAUCAUAUGUGGUCAGGUAUGACCAGGUUUGAAUUCGAGUAUGGCUACAUAUGAUCAAGUUUAAGAUCAUAUGGUUACAUGAUCAGGUUUGACUUCAUAUGUGAUCAGGUAUGAGUAUACAUGGGAUCAGAUACGUGUUUAUGUGUGAAGGGGUACGAGCUUACAUAUGAUCAGGUACGAGUUAGUAUAAGUUUAUGUGUGAUCAGGUAUGAGCUUACACGUGAUCAGGUAUGGCUUCAUAUGUGAUCAGGUAUGACUUCAUAUGUGAUCAGGUAUGACUUCAUAUGUGAUCAGGUAUGACUUCAUAUGUGAUCAGGUAUGACUUCAUAUGUGAUCAGGUAUGACUUCAUAUGUGAUCAGGUAUGACUUCAUAUGUGAUCAGGUAUGACUUCAUAUGUGAUCAGGUAUGACUUCAUAUGUGAUCAGGUAUGACUUCAAAUAUGAUCAGGUAUGACUUUAUAGGUGAUCAGGUACGAACUUACGUAUGAUCAGGUAUGACUUUAUAGGUGAUCAGGUACGAGCUUACGUAUGAUCAGACAUGAAUUCGAAUGUGAUUAGGCAUGGCUUGACGUGUGAUCAGGUGCCUGUUCAUAUGUGGUCAGGUAUGAAUUCACGCGUGAUCAGGUAUGAAUUAAUAUAUGAUCAUACGUAUUUAUGUAAGAUCAGGUGUAGGAUCAGGUAUGGCUUCAUAUGUGAUCAGGUAUGAGUUCAUAUGUGAUCAGAUAUGACUCCAUUUAUGAGAGGUAUGACUUUAUAGGUGAUCAGGUACGAGCUUACGUAUGAUCAGACAUGAAUUCGAUUGUGAUCAGGCACGACUUGACGUGUGAUCAGGUAUCUGUUCAUAUGUGAUCAGGUAUGAAUUCAUACAUGAUCAAAUAUGAGUUUAUGUCAAAUCUUGUGUGAGUUUGAACCUUAUCAGAUAUGAUUCCAUCAACGCAUUUUUUUCUAAUAAAAUACUUAUUGAAUCAAUGAAAUAUUUAAAGAAAUAAUCAUCGAUAAAGUUAUCGCGUCUUAAAAAAUCUAUUAUUUUAUGCCUGCCUCUAAAAAAAACUAAAAGAAUUUAAUCAAGUAUAUUAUUAUUAUUAAAAUAAUAAAUAAAUAAUAUAUUAAAUGCGAAUGAAUGUGCGCGCAUAUAAAAAAUUAAACAUUUCUACGUAGAUUCAAAAUUAUAAUAAUAAUAACAAUAAUAAUAAUAAUAAUAAUAAUAAUAAUAAUAAUAAUAAUAAUAAUAAUAAUAAUAAUAAUAAUAAUAAUAAUAAUAAUAAUAAUAAUUAUAAAACGAUUUAAUCGCGGGCAUUUUAUACCGAAAUAAAAAAAAUGAUUAAAAAAUACUAAACAGACUUAUUAAGUGAAAAAUAUAUACACGUGAUGCACGUGGGUAAUCUUGACUUGAGACAUUUAAAAAAUAAUAUAUAUAUAUAUAUAUAUAAAUAUAAAUAUAAAUAUUUAAAUAGACGUGAUUAAUUAUGUGAAUAAAAAAUAAUUUUAAAUGAAUUGUCGCGGCUGUCGAUCGAUCGUAUGUUUGACUUUUACAUAAAUUUGAAUAUAUAUAAAUAUAUAUUUAAAUAAAUAAAUAAAUUUUCAUAUAAAAUGCAUAAUCCCAUUAAUUUUUAAUUAAUUGUAAAUAAAUAUAUUUUUUUUUUUUUUUAGAAAAAUUGCAGUAUUAUAAUUUUUUUUUUUUUUUUUUGAAUUUGUAGUACGCUUUUAUAAUACUAGUGGUGCCAUCGUUGUUUAUUUAUAACUUAAUUAUUUAAUUGACUUAAUCAAAAAUAAAAUAAAUUUAUUAAAUAAUUAAAUUUAUUAAUUAAUCCCAUAUUAAUAUAUUUCAUAUUUAAUUAUCAUUGUUAUUAUUAAUAAUUUUAAAAUAAAUAGACUUGACAAACGCACAAUUGUGGCUUCGAUCGAUCGAUAGUUAAAAUUUUUAGCGAAAUAUUUAAAAAGUAAAUAAAUAUUAUUACAAUCGUGAGCGUAUGAUUGGUUAAUUUUUUUAGGAUAGUCAAAAAUAAUAUUGAUAAUAAUAAUAUUUGAGUGGAAUAACACGUUAAAAAUUUUGCGACAACGAUCAAGCGAAUUAGUCGAUUUAAUAUUUAAAAUAAACUUUUUGAAAAUAAAAUUAAAUAAAGGAGAGAAGGCUAGUAGGGAUAAUUAAUAAUUUUUAAAAAUAUAAAUAUAAAUAUGUAAACUACUUUACACUGAGCGAAAAAGAUAUUUUAUUACUUUACCAAAUUCAUGAAAUUUUAUUUUUUUAUAAAUUUUAUUAAAUUAUUUACCAAGAAAUUUUUUUCCGUGAAAUUUACUACGGAAUACUUUAAUAAAAUUUUUAUUUAAAACUUUAAUUCUUUAGAAUUUUUUUUAAAUUUCUACUUUUUUAUUUCAAGAUCCGCGUAGGAUUUUUUUUUUUAUUAAAAAAUCUGUUAACUUCACAAUUUUACUAGUGUAGCGAAGUGCGAAAGCCGCAGGUCUGGUAGUCCGUAGAACUCGGGUUCGAAUCCCAGUGUAGGCAUGAGAUUCUACCGCUGACAUUUAAAUGACCCGCGUAUUUUUAAAUUUCGCAAAUUAAAUUAUUCAAAUUUUAUCCGCGAUAUUUACUACUGAAAAUUUUACUAAAAUUUUUAUUUAAAACUAAUUUUUAGAAACUAAAAAAAACUCCAGUUUUCUAUUCUAAAAUCCGCGUCUAUUUUUAUUUUCUCUAAAUUUUUUUUCUAAUAAAAAAUCUGAUGACUUCAUAAAUUCUCUAGUGUAGCGAAGUACGAAACCCGCAGGUCUAUUACUCCGCAGAACUCGGGUUCGAAUCCCAGCUUCGGUAUAAGAAUCCGCCGCUGAAAUUUUAAAUAACCCGCGAAUAUUCAAAUUUCGAAAACAAAAAAGUAAAUGAUUUAAAUUUUAAAAUUAAUUUUAUCCGUGAACUCUACUACUAAAAAAUUUAAUAAAAUUUCUAUUUAAAACCGCAGUCCCUUAAUUUUUUUUAAAUUCCACUUUAAUACUCCGCGUCUAUUUUUCUUUUUUUUUCUAAUAAAAAAUACAAACCCACGAAAAAUUCACGAGUGUGUCGAAGUGCGAAAGCCGCAGGUCUGAUACUCCGUAGAACUCGGGUUCGAAUCCCCGCGCCGGUAUAAAAAUUAAAUGACCCGCGAAAUUUAAAAUUCUCAAAAUAAAAAUUUAAAGUUUAUAUUUAAAAUUAAAUUUUUUUCUGCUCAGUGUACUAAAGAUGUGCCCCCGCAAUGUUGUUAUAAUGAUGUUGUUGUGUGAUACUAAGAGUGUCAUUGUUGUUGAUUGUUCAUUUUUUUUUUCCGCGCAAAAAUAUACCCCUUAAAAUCAACGUAUCAUUAUCAUCACGUCAUAACGAUUUAUCAUUAUUAUUUUAUAUCGAUAUAUAUAAAUAAAUAUAUAUUAAAUAAAUAAAUAAAUAAUUAACAAUUGCUAAGUGCAACUUACCGAAAUAAUUGUAUGUAUGUAUGAAAUUAUAAAUAAUUGUACGUAAAUAUUAAAACCAAAUAAUUUUUAUACCAAAGACUUUUUUAAAAUUUAUCGCGCCAUCUUCGUCAUGAAUUAUUUAACAAUUUUUUUUUUUAUAAAUAAAAUUUUUUUUUGUUUUUAGAAAGUGAUACUAACAUAUCGUAAUUUUUUAUUUAUUAUUAUAAUUGUUUUUUAUAAACUUAUUAAAUCAUGACUUUGAUGUUUGCGUUUAAAAAAAAAAAAAAAAAAAAAAAAAUUGGCUUGAUAAUUAUUAAUUAUUAAUUGUUAUAUUGAUUAAUGGGUAAUGAGUGUGUGUUUAAAAAAAAAUGGAUUAAAUAAAAUAAUUAUUUUAUUUUUCGGGAGUUGCACACCAAGCAAUACAAGUUGUAAAUGAAUCAAGUUAUUUUAAUCAUCAUAAUUGUUAGUUUAUAUAAUAUAUAGUGUGCUCUAGCGCAAAAAAAAAAAAACAAAUAAAAAAAACACAUUCCAUAUUACACACACAUGAAAGAUAUAGAAUGGCAACGAGUUGCAAAAUAAAUUAUAGAGAGUAAAAAUAUUAAUGAUGAGUAAAUAAAUAAAUAAAUAAAUAAAUGGAUA